CGGCUAUCCCGAAGAACUAGAAGACACCGUUAGAUACUCGCCAAUCGGAAACCGUCUGGAACAAAGCUUGGAGGUGGUUAUGGUUCUGCCUAAGCGCAGCGUUUCAACUGGUUAAGUAAUGGAUUGACUGCUGCGCCUUGCCAGAGACUCGAACGUCCUCGUAUUUCCAGUCAUCGGCCUCCAAUCAGUCCAAUCACAUCCUUCCAUGCCCCGAGGAUGCUGAACUGCUGCCACUUCAGCUUUGCUGGAUAUACUACCUCGCAACUAGGUAACAUAAUAAUGGUAACCCAGAAGACUGAGGCAGGCGAAGGGCCUAUAAAUCGCAUACAUACACACACACACACACACACACACACACCCUCGUCCUGCCAGACUUGUAAGACAAAACACAUCCAAGUGAACAUCCCAACCCUAAGAUACAAAGGCAUGGAUCAACCAGUUCAACUCCUCUCUUACCAACGCCUCAAAUCAAAAAGUACCUUUAUUAUCUCCCUGCAACAUGGGAACGGUACCGCAACUCCUAUCUACGAAGUCGCAUGUUUAUCCUCGAACCCAAACCUCUCCAUCUCCCGCAUCCAGCCUACAUACCACCAGCAGCAGCAGCAGCAGCAACCACAAUAUGGUUAUCCACCAGCACCACACCCAUACUACCAACAACAUCAACCAUACCCACCCCAGCAAUACCCAAUAAACAACCCACCCAUCAUAACAACCAUAGGAACCGUCGCCCUCUCUUCCAUGUCGUCCAAAAUCACCAUCUCAAUCCACAACAUCCCCGAAGUCAAAAUGAAGCGUCCGGACUUCCUCGCCUCUGGCCACCGAUUCACGCACCCUCGCUACGGCACCCUCGAAUGGAAAGAAAGCGAUCUCUUCGAGAAACGCUUCAAGCUCGUCGACUCGAACAAGACCGUGCUGGCCCGAUUCGAUAAGUGGAAACUACCGGAGCAGCAGCAGCAGCAGCAAUCGAAAUCGUCCAUCUGGGGUUCUUCCUCAUCGUCGUCGAAGAAGAAGAAGAAGGCGUGGGCAUUCCAGAUCUUUGUAAAUGCGGAUCCUGUGCUGUUGGAUUGGAUUAUUGUCAGUGGGUUGGGGGUUGUUGAGUAUCGGAUCACUUCGGAUAAGGAGUGGGAGGAGGAGCUCCUGGGAAAUGAUGAUGAUGAUGAUGUUUGGUCGGCUUUGUUGGGAUAAGUUUUGUCUCUUAUAUCUAUCUUUGCUUAUAGUAGUGCUUGCUCUCUUUUUUUUUUUUUUUUUUUU